AUGGCCCAAGUGCUUGGGCCCUGCACCCCAUGGGAGACCAGGAUAAGUACCUGGUUCCUCCCAUCGGAUCAGCGUGGUGUGCCGGCCGCAGCGCGCUGGCCGUGGCGGCCAUUGGAGGAUGAACCAACGGCAAAGGAAGACCUUUCUCUCUGUCUCUCUCACUGUCCACUCUGCCUGUCAAAAAAAUAAUAAUAAUAAAUAAAAAUAAAGGAGAGCUUGCGAGCCAUGAAAACAUCUGGGGGGCUGGCAGGAGAGAAGAAGCACUUUAAAAAUUUUUUUAAAGAUUAAUUGUAUUUUUAUUUACUUGAAAGGCAGAGUAACAGAGAGAAAGAGGGAGAGACAGAGAGAGAGGUCUUCCAUUUGCUGGUUAAUGCCCCAAAUAGCUGCAAUAGCUAGAACUGGGCCUGGCUGAAGCCAGGAGUUUCCUCUGAGUCUCCCACGUAGGUGCAGGGGCCCAAGCACUAGGGCCAUCUUCCACUGCUUUCCCAAGUGCAUUAGCAGGGUCGGGCAGCCAGGAUUCCAACAGGCACCCAUAUGGGGUGUUGGCAUCAACGGCGGCAGCUUUACUGGCUACAUCACAGCGCUGGCCCCAGGAAGAAGGACUUUAAACAGAAAAGUUGGCACAAAAGCCUUGAGGCUGGGACAGCUGUCAUGGCACAGCAGGUUAAGCCUCACCUGGGACACUCACAUCAUAUCCAGAAUGCCCAUUCUAGUCUGAGCUACUCCACUUCCAAUCCACUUCCAGGGUUACCUUCCAAGGUGACCCUAAACUUCGCUGGCCUCCACCAGCGUUGAGUCUGUGCCUUGACUUCAUAUGCUCAGAAGGUGUGGCUGGAAUAGGGCCUUCACUCUUAGGCUCUGUCCUAUGCUGUCUUAGCAAACCGUCCAACACGAGCGGCAAAACAGUGCACCUGCUUUUAAUUACAUCAGUUAUAUGAAAUCCAAGCUUGCAAAAUGGUUACCUCAGAGAAGAACGCCUAUUACAAGUGGAUUCUCAGUGACUUUCUCUGGAGCACUUCCCCCUCCUCUGCCACACCCAGGAACACACGUUUUACAAAACAAAACACAUUAAAAACUUUGUUAACCUAAGCAUUAGGCUCUAGGCAAGUGAUUUUUCUUUUUCUUGCUUUAAAAUUUUUUACCAUUCUGAUCACCGCUGCAUACACCAGAUAUGCUAAGAAGAACUUAGUCUAAAAUUUAGAGAAUUAUCGUUAAAAUUCAAUUUCGGCUAACCGAGUGUAACACGAAAAAACGCUUGCUUGCCAUAACCACUUACCAGUUCCCACAAUGCUUUGAGGCCGGAAGUGCAGUCUGCGGCUGCGCAGAAGCUCAGCAGGCCCAGGGUGCUUCGCGGCUUGAGAGUUCCUGGGCCAAGCCCGGGCUCUCGUUCCCGGGGUGGGCUUCUCGCUGCUCGUGGAAGGUUCUGGAAACUUGGGAGCAGUUGCGCUGCCUCCAAGGACCUGUGGAGCAGUAUUCUUCAUGGGGCCGGUACUGUGGCUAAGUGGGUUAAGCCACCACCACCUGUAGCGCCAGCGUCUGAUAUAGGCACUGGUUCAAGUCCUGGCUGCUCCAUUUCCAAUCCAGUUUCCUGCUAAUGUGCCUGGGAAAGCAGUGGAAGAUGGCCCAAGUCCUUGGCCUCCUGCACCAAUGAAGGCGACCCAGAAGAAGCUCCCGUAUCCUGGCUUUGGACUGGCCCAGCUCCAGCGAUUGCGACCAUUUGGAGAGUGAACCAGAGGAUGGAAGAUCUCUCUCCCUGCCUCUGCUUCUCCCGCUAUGUAACUCCACCUUUCAAAUUGUACACCUUUUAGAAGCUGAGUUGAUCAAAAGACAAACAGAUGGCUGAAAGUGGUGGAAAAGAAAAGAUAAAAUGGACAACCACUGUUAUUAUAAGCUCAUCUCUUAAGGGCCGUGAAAUUGCAACUGCCCUAGAAAAUCGGAGCCACAAGAUUCGGUAUUCAGAUUCAGUGGAGAAUGGAUCAAUUAUAUUUUCCCUUUCUGGAGUUGCAUUUUUAUUGAUGGAUGCUAAAGAGUGUAUUAUGUCACCUGAAGAAUUGUAUCUAGCAAAAAUUGAGAAGUUUAUUAAUAUUCACCAAAAUAGUUUUUUAGUUCUGUCUGCAGCACUCCAUGGGCCUGAAGAAUGGAAACUGAUAUUCAGGAUUCAGCAGAGAUUCUUGGGUAGUAACUUACGGAUACUUCCAGUACACAACACAGUAAAUGCAAUUAAUCUAAUGAGCACCAUAGCUAAGACUGCUUCCAAACCAUGCAUCAGUAACAUCUGCUACAGAAUGAUAACAGCUAAAGCUUACAUCAUUGAGCAAAGUCCUGUCUGGAAAACACUUCAGAAGAUAAAACUAAAUGAUGAUCCGAUUGUUCCAAAUUAGAGUAUCAAUUGUAAGUGUUCUUUUGGAAGAUUGUUAAAAUAAUUAGACCUGCUAAAAACUAUAAUGUUCAAAUACGUAUUUACUUUAAAAAUGCUUAAUUUGAAAUAACCUGUAUACAAUUAAAAGUGA